GCUGCGGGGAGGAGGUUCGCCUGGCCGGCCACGUAGGCGUUCUUUUUUCCUCUGGAGGAAAAGGCCCAGCAGCUGUCGGAGGAAAAGACCCACCAGCUGUCGGAGUGAAAGGACAUGUCUCAGCUAAGUAAGAAUUUGGGAGAUUCGAGUCCCCCCGCGGAGGCCCCCAAGCCCCCGGUCUAUAGCCGCCCCACGGUUCUGAUGCGGGCCCCGCCCGCCUCCUCCCGGGCGCCGCCGGUCCCCUGGGAUCCUCCCCCGAUUGAUCUGCAGGCUUCGCUGGCCGUUUGGCAGGCGCCGCAGCCCGCCUGGGAGGCCCCGCAGGGUCAGCCGCCUGCCCCGGUGGCUCCGAUGGCCCAGCCCCCGGCUCUGGGGGCCCCGCUGGUCCAGGCUCCCCCUCUGGGGGGCCCGAUGGGCAAGCCCCCGACUCCCGGAGUCCUCAUGAUCCACCCCCCUCCGGGAGCCCCGAUGGCGCAGCCUCCGACCCCAGGAGUCCUGAUGAUGCAUCCCUCGGCGCCCGUGGCGCCCCUGGCCCACGCUCCCCCUCCGGGGGCGCCCCUGGCCCAUCCUGCUCCUCCGGGCACCCCGAUGGCGCAUCCUCCCCCGCCGGGGACGCCGAUGGCUCAUCCUCCCCCUCCGGGGACUCCGAUGGUGCAUCCUCCGCCUCCGGGGACACCGAUGGCGCAUCCUCCGCCUCCGGGGACACCGAUGGCGCACCCUCCCCCGCCGGGAACCCCGAUGGCCCAGCCUCCGGCUCCGGGAGUCCUGAUGGCACAGCCUCUGACUCCGGGAGUCCUGAUGGUCCAGCCUCCUGCCCCGGGAGCUCCGCUGGCUCAGCCUCCGCCCCCAGCCGCCUUGAUUGCCCAGCCUCCGCCGCCGGGAGCCCAGAUAGCCAAGCCUCCAGGUCCCGGAGUCCUGAUGAUUCAUCCUCCAGGUUCGAGAGCUCCCAUCGCCCAGCCUGCAGCUACAGGAGCCCCCCUGGUGCAGCCGGCCGCCCCACCUGCGCAGCCUAUGGCUUCUUGGGCCCCCCAGGCUCAGCCUCUGAUCCUGCAAAUCCAGUCUCAGGUUAUAAGGGCUCCUCCGCAGGUUCCCCAGGCCCCGCAGGCCCCGCCGGCGCAGCUGGCCACACCCCCGGGCUGGCAGGCCACCUCGCCGGGAUGGCAGGCCCCUCCGCAAGGCUGGCAGGCCACGCCCCUGGCCUGGCAAGCCACACAGGUCACCUGGCAGGCUCCGACAAUCACCUGGCAGGCGCCGCCGCCUGUGCGCCAGGGCCCACCACCCAUCCGACCCGGCCCGCCGCCCAUCCGACCUGGGCCCCCACCGGUGCGCCAGGCCCCACCUCCGAUUCGCCAGGCUCCUCCGCUGAUCCGCCAGGCACCACCGCCCAUCAGGCCUGCCCCGCAGGUCCUGGCCACCCCACCGCAUCUCUGGCAGGCCCUGCCACCCCCACCGCCUCUGCGGCAGGCACCCCAGGCUCGGCUGCCUACUCCGCAGGUGCGUGCAGCCCCGCAGAUGCGGGCAGCACCGCAGGUGCCGACGGUGCAGCAGGUGCCGACGGUCCAGCAGGUGCCCACGGUGCAGCAGGUGCCGACGGUCCAGCAGGUGCCGACGGUCCAGCAGGUGCCCACGGUCCAGCAGGUGCCGACGGUCCAGCAGGUGCCCACGGCUCCUCCUGCUACGCAGGUGCCCACAGCACCUCCUGCCGGCCCCCAGGCACCCCAGGCGGCACUGUCCGUCCCACUGUCGGCCCCUCGGGUGGCCCACUGCCCACCCAUCAUCUGGCAGGCCCCCAAAGGCCAGCCCCCGGUGCCACAUGAGCUGCCGACAUCGAUGGAGUUCCAGGAGGUGCAACAAGCCCAGGCGAUAGCCUGGCAGGCGCCGAAGCCACCUGCGCAUUUCUGGCAGCCCCUGCCCCCCCAGGAGGCCCAGAGGCAGGGCCCACCGCUGAUUCAGCUGGAGCAGCCCUUUCAGGGGGUCCCGGCCUCCCAAAAGGCCUUGCAAAUCCAGCUACCCCCCCAGCAGGCCCAGACCACGGGUGCGCAGGCAGAGCUGCCAACCAUGCAACUCCAGCCCUCCUGGCAAGGGCCCCCUGCAGCAGUGCAAGGGCAGCCCGGAGCCCCCAUAGCGGCAGCAAAUUUUCCCAUGGGUUCCCCUAAAUCACUCAUGACUCCAUCGGGAGAAUCCAGGGCUUCUUCUAUAGAACGGAGGACCUCUUCUAAAGAACGUAGGACCUCUUCGAAGGAGCGCAGGGCUCCUUCGAAGGAUCGCAUGAUCUUUGCCGCCACUUUCUGUGCUCCAAAGGCAGUGUCGGCUGCCCGAGCACACCUGCUGCCUGCCUGGAAAAACUUGGCUGCCACACCGGAGACCUUCACUGCCACCUCCAGGGUCUUUCCAGCUACCUCCCAGUUCCAGCCUGCCUCUUCUAAUGCCUUUAAGGGUCCUUCUGCCACCUCAGAGACCCCGAAGUCACUGCCACUUGCUCUGCAGGAUCCAUUUGCCUGUGUAGAGGCUCUGCCUGCUGUGCCAUGGGUUCAACAGCCCAGCGUGAAUGCCUCCAGGGCACCCAAGGCAGUGCCCAGCAUCUUGAUGGGUGCGGCAGCUGUGCCCCCCGCGGUGGCCACCACUCAAGAGGCCUCGAAGACCUCCGCUGAGCCUCCACGUCGCUCAGGCAAAGCCACCCGGAAGAAGAAGCAUCUGAACACCGAGGAGGAAAACAGUGGCCAGAUGAUGGCCCUGCGUGACUGGCAGGGCCCACGGCCCUGGGACAAUCUGAACUUGAAUGACUGGGAGGUUCAAAACCCUACCCAGAUCUUGGGUGACUGGGAGACCCCAAACAUCUCCCAUGUCUUGAGUGGCUGGGAGGGCCCCAGUACCUCCAGGAUCCUGAGUGGCUGGGAGGGGCCCAGCACAUCCUGGGCUCUGAGUGCCUGGGAGGGUCCAGGCACCUCCAGGGCCCUGGGUCUCUGGGAAAACCCAGGUAGCCCCCAGCCCCUGAUUAUCUCUGAGCUUACAUGUCUCUCUCAGGGAUUCGGUGCCACCCAGGAUGAGCCCAAGUUGGAGACUCAGCCACUGUCUCCCUUGGAUGAAAGAGCAAAUGCAUUGGUGCAGUUCCUCUUGGUCAAGGACCAAGCCAAGGUGCCCAUCAAGCGCUCAGAGAUGGUGAAAUUCAUCAUCCGUGAAUACAAAGAUGAGUGCUUGGAUAUCAUCAACCGUGCCAACAAUAAGUUGGAGUGCGUCUUUGGUUAUCAAUUGAAGGAAAUUGAUCCCAAAAACCACUCUUACAUAAUCAUCAACAAGCUGGGAGACCCUAAGGGUGAACCGGCGACGUCCUACCUAGACAAGCCCAAGUUGGGGCUCCUGAUGGUGGUCCUGAGUCUCAUCUUUAUGAAGGGCAAUUGUGUCAGGGAGGACCUGAUCUUCAGUUUUCUGUACAGGUUAGGGCUGGAUGUCCGAGAGACACAUGGUCUCUUCGGAAAUACAAAGAAGCUCAUCACCGAAGUGUUUGUAAGGCAGAAGUACCUAGAGUACAGGCGCAUCCCCUUCACUGAGCCAGCAGAAUAUGAGCUCCUCUGGGGCCCCCGAGCAUUCCUCGAAACCAGCAAGAUGCUCAUCCUGAGAUUUUUGGCCAAGCUCCAUAAGAAAGAUCCACAGUGCUGGCCCUUCCAGUACUUGGAAGCGCUGGCAGAGUGUGAGUCUGAGGACGUGGAUGAGGAUGAGCCUGAGCCUGAGCCUGAUUCCGGCGAUAACGCCGGUGACCCCACCAGCAGUACCCCUCCCCGCUAAUGAGGUUUAGCAGAUAUCUCGUUCCUUUGUGUCCCCGGCCAGAGGCCUCUGAUGGAGUGUGUGUGUGUGUUGUGGGAGGGGGGGAAAUGUUUCGUUUCUGGUGUUUAUGUUUCAAUUCUAUGUGUGUAAGUUUGGAUUUUCAAUUGGAUUCUGUAUCUGCCAAAGCUUUGUACAUUUUCAUGUGGUGUUGAGUUCAAUUGGCUACUGUUCUAUUUGGUAUUUUGGCAUCUGUAUUUUUAAGUGAGAUCUGUGAUUCUCUGUUUUGUGUUAUAAUUGUUAUGUUUUGGUAUCAGAGUUGUGCUGGCUUUGUGAAACAAAUUGAGAAGCUAUCCAUGUCAUUCUGGUACAGUUCAUGUAGCAUUGAAAUAGGCUGUUCUUUGAACGUUAAAAUGACUCACCAGUAAAAGCUGUCUGCAGAGAAAUAAAUAUCUAUAUCUAUAUAUAUAAAUAUACUUUCAG